AUGCGAGCUGAUAUCCAACACUACGAUGCCCCCGUUUCAGGCGGUGCGUCAAACCAAAACGGUGAUACCAUCGAGAAGUGUCAUAUCAACAACGAGUCGAACGUUACACAUCGUGUCUUGAUCGACCUCAUUCACGAGAUUGCCACAAACGAUCCUGAUAGAGCCUUUACCUACACUCCAUCAUCAUCUGACCCUCAAGAUGGUUGGAAGCCAGUGACUCACCUCCAACUCGCAAACGCCGUCGACCACCUCGCCCACGACAUCUCCAAAACCGUUACCAAAACCUCAGACGACGAGGUUCCAACAGUGGCAUAUAUCGGCCCCAGUGACUUUCGAUACACGGUCAUUCUUCUGACUAGUGUUAAAGCAGGUUGCAAGGCCCUCUUCAUCUCGCCACGAAAUACUCCUGCUGUUCAGCUCUCGCUCUUCAAUGCUACGAAGUGUCGAUACCUUUAUACAACCGAUUCAUUUAGAUCAAUUAUGCAGCCUUGCCUCGAUCAGAGAACCAUGGAAGUUUCCAUGAUAGAGAGUAUUGAUUAUCUUCUGUCAGUGACUCCCAAGCCAUUUCCCUACAGCAGGUCCAUCGAACAGGCGCGAUGGGACCCCCUAGUUGUUCUUCACACAAGCGGUUCCACGGGAGUCCCCAAGCCCGUCUUCUUGAAACAGGGUAUCAUGUACGCCUUCGAAGAAUUUCUCCAUCUGCCCAAGUUUCAUGGUUCUCCCUAUCCUUUCAAUGAAUGGGCCGAACGGGCGAACAAGAUCUUCCUCGGGAUGCCCAUGUAUCAUGCUGCAGGAACGUAUCUCCCUCUAUCCUUCAUAUACAUUGGUCUUUCUACCGUUAUGCCACUUCCCAACCAGCCGUUGAACGUUGAUACAGCUAUGGAGUACUUGAAUCGCAGUGGUGCUGAUGGUGCAUUGCUGCCCCCUUCUGUUAUCGAUGGAUUGGCCGCUUCUGAGGAGGGUAUGGAGGCUUUGGCCAAGCUCAAACUCCUUAUUACUGGCGGAGGUAACCUAUCAACCGAGGCCGGGAACAUGCUAGCAGACAGAGGCGUCGUCUUGAGGAACGUCAUUUCAUCAACUGACCCCCAAGACCCAAAGCUGUGGCGAUACUUCAUCUUUAACGACGAAGCCAUGGGCAUUGACUGGCAUCGUCAUGACUCGAAUGAGUAUGAGCUUGUAGUCCGUCGCAAAGCAUCAGAUCCCGGCCACCAAGGCUGUUUCUACAAUUUCCCUGAAUUAUCCGAAUGGCGUACGAACGACAUCUUUCAACCUCACCCAACGCUCAAGGAUCACUGGCUAUACAAAGGUCGGGCCGACGAUAUCCUUGUUUUCUCGAAUGGUGAGAAACUCAAUCCACUUACCAUUGAGGGUAUUGUUUCGGACCACCCUCUCGUUAAGUCAGCCCUUGUCGUCGGUCAAGGAAUGUUUCAGGCAGCUCUCAUCAUUGAGCCCAUCGCGGAAGCGCAACCGAGAGACGAAGCUGAGACCAAAGCUUUACUCGAAAAGAUCUGGCGGGCCAUUGAGAAGGCGAACGCUGAAACCGUGGCGCAUGGACGAAUUGCCGCCAACUUUGUCGCUUUUGCCGACCCUGCUUUACCGUUUCCUCGCGCUGACAAGGGGACCAUACAGCGUGGUAAGGCUGUCAGCAUGUACGCUGACUUUAUUUCAGCUCUGUACGAGAAGGCUGAGAUACUUGGAGAUGGUCCAUCUAUCGCACUUGACUUAAGUAACGACGACACUUUGACUGGAUCUAUCAUCAGUCUGUUUGUUACCAAGCUUGGAGUUGAGAAGCUCGAACCGGAUACAGACUUCUUCUCUGUGGGUGUGGACUCACUACAAGUGAUGACUGCGACGAAUCUGCUACGCGGAGCCUUGCACAGAUCUGGUAUUGAAACCUCGACAAUCACGCCUCGAGUCAUCUACCGCAACCCCACGGCAAAGGUGCUGGCUGAGUACAUCCAGUCCUUACGAGAUGGAGUAAGCGACGAUGACGAAGAGACCCAUGAGAUCAACCAGAUCAAGAAGCAGGUCUCGAAGUACACCAAGAACCUCCCAGCGCCUAGGACUGGAAAGCAGGCGCCUCUAGACGACGGUCAAACAGUCAUCGUCACGGGUACAACUGGUUCUCUGGGAGCUUACAUGCUUGACCAGCUCUGCUGUUUAGAGUCCGUCAAGAAAGUCAUCGCCCUCAACAGAAGUGAGGAUGGUGGUUUAUCCAGACAGCCUUCAGUCAACGAAUUCCGUGGUUUGACAACAGACUUCUCUAAAGUGGAGUUUCUCCACGCCGAUCUAUCGCUUCCCGACCUUGGCUUGGGUCAGUCUAAGUACGAUUCUCUUCUUGCUGAUGCCGAUCGUGUCAUUCACAACGCUUGGCCUGUGAACUUCAAGUUCACCAUGUCUUCGUUCGAGAGCCACGUUCGAGGCGUACGACAUCUCGUCGACUUUUCUUCUGCGGCAGUGAAGAAUGUACCUAUAAUCUUUAUCUCGAGUAUCGGAACUGUCGAUCGAUGGUCGUUACCCGAUGCUGUCCCUGAGGAGGCGUUGCAUGACCUGACCUUACCAAGCUUGGCCUAUGGACGAUCCAAGCUCGCUGCAAGUCUUAUUCUUGACGUAGCUGCAGAGCAAUCCGGCGUUCCUACUCUUUCGGUGCGAGUUGGACAAAUCGCAGGUUCAAGGGGCAAAAAGGGUAUGUGGAACCGUCAAGAGAUGAUUCCAAGCAUGAUCGCAAGCUCAGUAUAUCUUGGAGUCCUGCCUGACCAUCUCGGCGCGCAACAGGAGAUUGCUUGGACUCCCAUUGAAGAUAUUGCAGGGCUUAUUCUCGACGUUUCGGGCAUCACGGUUCAGAAGUCUAUCUCGGAGGUUUCCGGAUACUUCCAUGGCGUUAAUCCGGAAACAGCUAGUUGGUCUAAGAUUGCUCCUGUUAUAAAAGACUUCUAUGGCGACAAGAUGAAGUUGGUGAGUGUUGAAGAAUGGGUUGAGAGAUUGGAAGCUAGUGCAAAGGAGGAGAAUAUAGACUUUGAUAAGAAUCCUGGCCUCAAGCUUUUAGAUACUUAUCGUGGAUUAUUUGCGGUAGGGAAGGAGGUUCAGCCAGUUAAGUACGGGAUGGAGAGGACCAAGAGCCAUAGUUCGACGAUGAGAGAGCUUGGGCCGAUCACCCCCGAGCUGAUGAGGAACUGGUGUCGCCAAUGGGGAUUUUAG